ACUUCUAGUAAUUCCGGAAUCCUUAACGUAAUACACAAGAAAAUCAAAUUUGGGAUUCCUAGAUUACCAGUCGGAGUUCAAACUACAAAGCCGCCGCCAUCGAAGGUUUCGGCACCAGCAAGUCAAUUCGGAUAUGGCUUACUCCGACGUAGAUGAUGGAGAUUUCAACAUAGAUUAUGAGGAUUCCGACGUAGAUGAUGGAGAUUUCAACAUAGAGUAUGAAGGUUCCGACGAAGACGGCGGCGAGGAUUCUUCUACCCGAAAGCUAAGUUACAGUAUCUUGAAGGAGGAAGACAUUCGCGUACUCCUCGAAGACGACAUUAACGAAGUCUCUACUACACUUUCGUUGCGUAGAGGGGAAGCUUGCGUUUUGCUACUCGCGAACAGUUGGAGCGUGAGCAAGGUGCCGGAGGAAUGGUUCGCGGAUGAGGAAAAGGUCCGGAAAGCGGCGGGGUUGUUGCCGGAGAGCCAAACUUCCCCGAUCCGAUUCGGAGAGCGCGAGAAAUUCCGGUGCGAAAUUUGCGGCGACGAAUAUCCUCUCUCCGAAAGCACCGCCGCCUCUUGCGGCUGCGGCCACGUUUUCUGCGUCGCGUGUUUCAAAUCGUGGAUUCAAUCGCUGAUCAAGGACGGGCCGGGUUGCCUCUUCAAGCUCCGCUGCCCCUGGGCAGGCUGCAACGCCGCCGUAGUGGCGGAGACGCUCGAAUCAGUCGCCGAUGAGGAAGACAUAGCCAAGUACCGGCGGUAUCUCCUCAGGUCUUACGUGGAGCAAAACCGGAUGAUCAAAUGGUGCCCGGGCCCCGGGUGCGAUUUCGCGGUGAAGUUCGAUACGUGGAACGCCGAUUACUACGACGUCGUAUGUGAAUGCUCGCACACUUUUUGCUGGAACUGCUUGGAGGACAAUCACCGGCCGGUGGACUGCGACACCGUGGCCAAGUGGAUGAUCAAAAACGUCUCCGACGCCGAAAACGCAAAUUGGAUUCUUUCGCAUUCCAAACUCUGUCCCAAGUGUAAACGCCCAAUCGAGAAAAACCUUGGAUGCAUGCACAUGACUUGCGCCGCACCUUGCUUUUACGAGUUUUGUUGGCUGUGCCUGGGCCAGUGGGGGCGACACGACUGCAACCGGUACAAGAGGGAGAAUGAGGAUAAGGAUGAGGAGACGAGGCGGGAGAAGGCGAAGAAGACGUGGGAGAAGUACAUGCAUUACUACGAGCGUUGGGAUGGGAACGAGAGGUCGAGGAAGAAGGCGGUGGAGGAUUUGCGGCGGUCGCGAGGGGAGGUGAUUAAAAAGCUAAGCGAGAUUCAGAGCGAACCGCUUUCGCAGGUGAAGUGUCUGGUGGAGGCGUGGGAGCAGAUAGUGGAGUGCCGGCGCGUGUUGAAGUGGACCUACGCGUACGGCUACUACCUGCCGGAGGAGGCGGCGGGGAAGCAGCUUUUCGAGUACUCGCAAGGCGAGGCGGAGGGCGUGCUGGAGAAGCUCCACCACUGUGCGGAGAAAGAGGUGGAAGAUUACCUGUCGGAGGCGAAGCCUUCCGAGGAAUUCCAUGAUUUUCGCCGGAAGCUCUGCAAUCUCACUUCGGUUACCAGAGGAUUCUUUGAGAAAUUGGUUGCGGAGCUGGAGUGUGGAGAACAAUCCUCUGGAAAGGGAAUGCGCAAACAAUGUUGAGCCUUCGACUUCUCCUUCAAAUAUAGGGUUUGGUUUUAGCGAUCGGAAAUCUUGAAAUACAAAAAUGGCUUUGUUCAUCUUGUGACAUUAGAUAAUCUCAAGUGCAUAGAUCUUGUGUUUUCUGUCGUGUUUUGUUAUUUAGCAACUUUAUUUCGGUGUUAUGUAAAAGGGAUAUUUUAGCUAGAUUUGUAGGUGCUUUAUGCAACCUGUAUCCUGAAAACAACAGACAUUAUUUAUUCAUAACCCUGGUAUAUAUUGGUUUUGCAUAUAAGGAUCAGAAUAUGGUGACUACUGCAUAAUGAUGAUGAGUGAGCGAAUUGGUGGACAGGUAUGCCGUAUGUAUGGUUGUUUUGCUAACUUCUUUCAAACUUACGGUUUACUUCACUUUCACAGUUUCAAUUUCACAUAAU